UUUUCCUUCCUUCUUCCUUCCUCUCUCCCCAGUUGCUCCAACUCACCUGCGGAGGGAGAGUUCCCAGAAGCAACUCGAAAAUCUUCCUAAACCCACCAAAAGUCCGGGUCAAGAAUUUGCUGUCGGUGCGCCUAGUUGAUUAUUCAACUGUGUUUAAUCAUGUCGGAUACGUAUUGUACGGACUGCAAGCGGAACACGGAGGUGGUGUUCGAUCAUGCGGCGGGGGACACCGUGUGCUCGGAGUGUGGCCUCGUACUCGAAGCCCGCUCCAUUGAUGAGACCUCCGAGUGGAGAACCUUCGCCGAUGAUUCGGGCGACCAUGACCCGAACCGUGUGGGAGGGCCCGUGAACCCGCUGUUGGGAGAUGCGGCUCUUUCCACGGUUAUUUCUCGGGGUGCGAAUGGGUCGAAUGGAGAUGCGUCCAUGGCCCGGUUGCAGAACCGGGGUGGGGAUCCCGACCGGGCUAUUGUCUUGGCCUUCAAGACAAUUUCUAACAUGGCUGAUAGGUUGAGCCUUGUAACAACCAUUAAGGACCGGGCAAGUGAAAUAUAUAAAAGAUUAGAAGAUCAAAAAUGUACUAGGGGAAGAAAUUUGGAGGCUCUAGUGGCUGCCUGCAUUUAUAUUGCUUGUCGGCAGGAAGGCAAGCCUCGCACUGUAAAAGAAAUAUGCUCUAUUGUUGCUGGAGCUACAAAAAAGGAAAUUGGCCGAGCAAAAGAGUUCAUCGUGAAACAGUUGAAGGUUGAGAUGGGAGAAUCAAUGGAGAUGGGUACCAUCCAUGCAGGGGACUAUCUGAGGCGUUUCUGUUCUAAUCUUGGCAUGAGCAACGAAGAGGUCAAAGCUGUCCAAGAAACCGUCCAGAAGUCUGGGGACUUUGAUAUUAGGAGGAGCCCUAUAUCUAUUGCUGCAGCAAUCAUUUUUAUGAUAACCCAGCUAUCAGAUUCAAAGAAACCCCUCCGAGAUAUCUCAAUUGCCACAACAGUGGCUGAAGGGACCAUCAAGAAUGCUUAUAAGGAUCUCUAUCCCCAUGCUGCCAAGAUCAUACCAGAAUGGUAUGCAAAGGACAGGGACCUCAAGAACCUUUCCAGCCCUAAAGCCUAAAUGACUUGUUUUGAGGUUGAUGAAACGGUACUUAGUACUCGGGCUUGGGGGUGUUGCAAAGUGUCAUAGUAGGGCAGGCAACACCGUUUUACUCUUAAAGAAAAAUUUUCCUCUUCUGUUGACGGUCCCAAAAUUUCCAGUUUUGGAAUUUGCUUGGCCGAUCUAUAUAAUGUUUGACACAAGUUAAUAGUUGAAUGAAUGAGAUUACAAGAUUAGUCUCAUUACCCAUUUCUUGUUUCUUGGCUGUUCCCUCCGAUAUCUGUAGAGUGGCUCUAAGCACUUGCAUGAAGCAGCCUUGUACACUGUUUAGUUAGUCUGGUGGAAAGAAGUAUACGGGGUGUGAUAUGAAA